AACCAGUAGAAGAGUCUUUACUGGAAAUGUAUGGAUUCCCUGAAGCUGGAACAGAGACCAGAUGUUACACAAAUCAUGCACUGUCUUAUGACCAGGCAAAACGGGUGCCUAGAUGGGUGAUUGAACAUAUUUCAAAACAGAAGAUGCUGGGCAGUGCAGACCGAAAGCACUGUAAAUUCAGACCAGAUCCUAACAUCCCGCUAAUGUUUAGUGCUGUCAAUGAAGACUACCUUGGGAGCGGAUGGUCACGAGGACAUAUGGCACCAGCGGGAAAUAACAAAUUUUCAACAAGGGCUAUGGCCGAAACGUUUUAUCUGUCUAACAUAGUGCCUCAGAAUUAUGAAAAUAAUGCUGGAUUUUGGAACAGAAUGGAAAUGUACUGUCGGGAAUUGACGGAGAGAUUUGAGGAUGUUUGGGUAGUUUCUGGACCUCUGACCUUGCCUCAAACAAAUGUUGAUGGAAAGAAGAGUGUUACUUACCAGGUAAUCGGGAAGGAUGAUGUGGCUGUGCCAUCCCACCUAUACAAGGUGAUCCUUGCCAGACGGAGCAGAACAUCUACAGAGCCCUUGGUACUGGGGGCUUUUGUAGUGCCAAAUGAUCCCAUAGGCUUCAGUCACCAGCUGCCUGAAUUCCAAGUAAAUAUUGAAGAUCUGGAAAAAAUGUCAGGUUUAGUUUUCUUCCCCCAGGUGGACAAAACCAGAGAUGUUAAAAAUAUCUGUGAGGUGGAUACCUGUAAACUAAUGGGCUUCAAGGAAUUUACAUUGUACAUCACUGCUAGAAAAGUACAGAGUGCCCGUACAUUGCACCGGUUGGAGAAAGUCAUGUCAGAGUUAAGGGAGGCAGGAAUUGAGCCUGAUGAGUAUCUUCUAAAGCUUCUCAAGAAGAAGGAAGAAGAACUACUGCAGGAAAAACAAGUCACAGCUAGAGAGGGGAAAACUGGCUGAGUACUUUUUCAAGAAGAUGUUUGGGGUUUUAUACUUUGAAAGGGCAGCUGAAGGCAAACACAGAGACAAGGGCUCUAUGAAUUAUCCUUUUUUGAGUUGUGGAAACAAUAAAGAAACAUUUGGAAGAUGGUGGGUUUGG